CAAGUGGAAAUUUCCAAGUGUCGCACCUGCGCGAAGCUUUUCGCGUCCCUCUGUCUGUGCGCGCCGAUAUUGACACAGAAUGAGAGGAGCCUUUCAGGCUGUCAGCGAGCUUCCCACGCUCGCCGACACCCGCGAGGUUCCCCUGCGCACUCGCUUGAGCAGAAAACGCUCGUUUCAGAUGUCGGAGGAGGCGUUCGCCGGCGUAACGGCGCUGACCCAGCUGGACGUCAGCAACAACAAGCUGCGCUGGUUCCCCCGCACGCUGGACUUGUCUCGGGUGGCCAACUUGACCGUGGCCAACAACCCUUGGAGCUGCACCUGCCAGCUGGCGCCGCUGCGCAGGUGGAUGGACGCAAACAGUCGUAAGACAGCGGACGCCGUGUGCGCCUCGCCGCCGGCGCAGAGAAGCAAACGGGUGCGAGACAGCGCCGCCUUUGCCGCCUGCCGGCUCAAGCCCAAAAGAAACAAGGCGGCCGCACGCCACUGAGUGGCAGGAAAGGGGGGGGGGGGAGUGCCACGGAGCAAUUUGCAUUGAUUGGCCUUCCCCUUUUUGGAGGUUUCAGACCAAACCGCUGACGAUUCCCCAUUAAUGUCCCGUUUGCAGCGACAGGAAUGCAAAGAAACGUUUUCCAAUUGGAAGAAAAAAAUAAUGGACUUAUUCAAGGGAAACGACGUAAUUGGCAAGCGUCGCCUGCAGAGCGGCUGCAAAGUGGCCCACUUUGGCUUAGCCGGAGCACGACUUGACUGGACCGGACUGAACUGGACACGACUUGGCUGAUUUUUGCCACGGUAGGGUGACGCUCCAGACUGGAACUGGCACACGUGCACGGCUUCCACUGACAGCACGUGACUCCCUCCCUUCUGCCGACCCGUCGCCGACUUGCUGGCAGACGGAUUUGUUUUUCCCGUUUGACAUCGGCCCCACGACAACUGAACUUUUCCAUGCGCUCCGGCCCAGGCGACAAACAACACAGGCUCCCCCAAAGGAUGCCCCCCCCCCCGGCUUGUUUACUAACGCUAACACCUUCCCACACGUCCUGCCUGAGCUUCACGUUGGCACCAGCAUCACAUCGCUAAUUCCGCUCAACGCCUCAA